GAUGAAUGAAAGUGGGCUUCGGAGGACCCUUCCUGACCAGACAUCAGGGAGCGGGCACACCUUUGACACUUCGCACCACCCGAGCAUCACCAACACCAUCCUGUCAAAGCGGGUCUGCUUCUACAAAAGUGGGGAUCCUCAGUUCAGUGGCCUUCGAAUGGUCAUCAACAACCGGACCUGUAAAACGUUCGAUGCGCUCCUGGACAGUCUUUCCAAUAAGGUUCCCCUGCCAUUUGGAGUCCGGAACAUCACGACUCCUCGAGGGAUUCAUGGCAUCAGUACUCUAGACGAGCUGGAGGAUGGGAAAUCGUACAUCUGUUCCGACACCAGGAAAGUCAAGCCCAUUGACCUGGCCCUGGCCCGGAGGAGGCUACCACCUUGGUACCAUGCGAGACCUGUUAGUUAUCGCCACAGGACAGCAAGGCUUUUCCCAGGCAGGAAAAACAUCCACAGAGACGGCAUAGGGGUAAUUCGUACACCCAAAAAACUUGUGGUUUUCCACAAUGGAGACCCCUCCAUCAGGCAUAUUGUGGUGCUACACAAGAAGACUACACCAAAUUAUGAGUCUAUCCUGGGACACAUCUCAGAGUUGAUGCAGUUCCAUGUGAGCAAACUACACACUCCGGAUGGACGACGGGUAAGAGUUUUCCAUCACUACCACACACAGUCAUUCCUUUCGUGCAAAUACUGA